AGAACGUCUUACGUUUCUCCGUGUUUACGGAAACGCGGAGGGAAGACCGAUUCAUCGAUUCAUGGUCCAAUUCUUCUCGUUUGCAGGUCAUUUCAAACUCUUAACCCGAUUUAAUCCUAUUUUUUCAGCUCCACUGGUCUCUUGUUGUAGAUAAGUGACACUUUAAUCAUGUGGGACCAUGAAAUCCGAGCCAUGGCGUCCACUCACGCCAUCCUGGCCGCCUCGGUGUUCAUGGCCACCGUGCUGCCCGCGGUGUUCGUGCAGGGCUUCUCCGUGUACGGCUCUCACCUGCUGUGGCUCUACCUGGUCUCCGGGACGGUGACGGGGGUCAGUGUGGCGCUGUUCUGGCUGCUGGGCAUCACGCCGCCCACCAGGAAGCACACGCUGGGAUACAAGCUGUCGAGGCUGUUUCGGUCAUGUCUGUACUUCUUCCUGUCAUGCUUGUUCUUCCACACAGUGGUCGUUCUCUACGGAGCGCCGCUGAUUGAGUCUUUUUUGGAGACGUUUUCACUGGGUGUGCUGCUGACCUCACUGACCACCUUGAGAUGUCUCUGUGUUCUCGGCCCCAACAUUCAAGCUUGGAUACGAGUGUUCAGUCGACAUGGAGCGAUGUCUGUGUGGGACACCUGUCUGCAGAUUACAGUGGCCUGCACACUCAUAGGAGCCUGGAUGGGAGCAUUCCCGAUACCGCUGGACUGGGACAGGCCUUGGCAGGUUUGGCCUGUUUCUUGCAGCCUGGGUGCUAUGAUUGGCUACCUGACCGGGCUUGUUGCUGCUCCCGCUUGGAUCCACUACCAUCGCAAGCAGCUCACGUACAAGUGCAAGUGAUAAAGAGACGUGGUUAAAUGUCUCUGUUUGUAUUAAUGUGUCCAUUGGAAUUUUUUAUGGAUUAUUUAUUGGGAGUCUUUGUGCUGUGGGCAGCCUGCAGAUCAUUUAGUAAAACCAAAAGACAUUGUUCUGUAUGCGGGAUGGCUGAACCUGAGUAGUUUUUUUUCUUUCCCUGUAAAUAAAGAUUUUCCUUAUUGAGA